CUUCCUGUGCGUUUUGACCCAUGUGAGUUUCCGUACUGCUGAGGCGGUGUUGACUGAUGUGUCAAAAUGGCAGAGUUAACAACACUGGAGAGUCUGCUGGAGAUGGGUUUUGACAAAAACAGAGCGGAAAAGGCGGUGGCCAAAACAGGAAACAUGGGAAUAGAACCAGCCAUGGACUGGCUAAUGGAACAUGAGAACGACCCAGAUAUCGAUGAGCCCUAUGUGCCACCUGCAGCGAACGUCCUUGGAGGAGCAGCAGACAGCCAGUCCACCACGGAUCAGCUGACACUAGCAGACACAGCUGAAGGGACCGCUGGUGGAGACAGCACCCAAAGGGAAAUUGAGGAGAGUUUAAAGAAGCCAAUGUCGGAGGAGGAGAGACUAGAGCAAGUUAGAAGGCUGGAGGAUCUGAUGCGGGCUAAGCAGGCAGAGAGAAGAGAGCGAGAGCGUGCAGAAGAGUUGGAAAGGGAGAAGCAGAGGCGGAGACAGGGCCAAGAGCUUCAGCAAAUUCGCCAAAAGAUACAGGACGAUGAUAUGAAAAAACUCGCUGAUCAGCGCAGGAGAGAGAAGAUGGAGGACAAAUUAGCAAGGCAGAGGGUUAAAGACAAGAUUGCACGAGACAGAGAGGAGAGAGCACAGAAGUUUGGAGGUGUUGGAACCACCAGCACGGCCACAUCGUCACAGCCAGCUGAGCCCAGUCCUUCAUCACCCACCAGUCACGGACCUCCACCCACUAAGAAGGAGUAUGAUGAGUCCAAGAUACAGGUACGCCUGGUGGACGGCUCGACCCUUACAACAGUCUUUAAGGCUCAGGAGCCGCUGGCGGCAGUGCGUGUCUACAUUCAGAUGAACAGCAACAUACUUGAGGGUCAGGACUUCACGCUUCUGUCGCCCUACCCCCGUCAUGUCUACACUGAAAUGGACAUGGAGAAGCCCCUCAAGGAACUGGGUCUGGUGCCUUCAGCUGUGCUGGUGGUUGCCAAAAAGUGAGAACAGGAUGACCUGGUCUUUGAGCCUACCUCAUCCCCUCUGCAUCAUCAACUAGAGACAACAGACACAACACUGAUCUGGGAACAGAGCCACAACCUUUAAGAUUCACUCAAUAAGCAAGCGAACUGAACUGAAGCAGAGAGAUUUGGUUUGAGGUUGCAUUCACAUGGCGUUUUAACUGUUUUUAAUCAACUUUUUGAAAGUAAGAAUAUAAAACUGAUUGGUUAAUUCACUGAAUGAUGCCUCAAACUCGAUAUAGGUGGUUUGUAUACAGGGGGGUGGAGAGUUAUUCCUUCUCACUCAAGAGUGAAGUGAAGAUUGCUGGCCUCAAACAGAUAUUACUUUCAACAUCACAUAGAAACAGUACACUAAAGAAUUCAAUUUUAUCCUGAUCCUUAAAUAGCAAAGUACCACAUAAGAAGUACUGAAACAGUUCUGAUAUUCCUGAUUUUGACAUAUUUUGCCAUUUUUUUUAAGUUAAAAUAUAUCAAAACUUCUGUCUGCAUUAUCAUUACAAAUCUACUUACAAUAAAGCUGACUGAGAAUUA